AUGAAAGCAGAUGAAUGGAAGUCUUGGGUUCUGAUAUACUUCCCCAUCUUGUUGAAGGCUGUUCUGCCUACUGAAAUGUUUAACAACUGGAUCAGUUUCAUUGAUGCAUGCCAUAAUUUAGUGAAGCCAAGUAUCACAUUCUCUGACCUCAAUGAUGCUUAUCAGUUUCUUCAAGGAUUCUGUAAUGAAUGCAAACGUAUUUACACCACUAAUGUCCUCACCUGCAAUAUGCAUCUGCACCUCCAUCUUCAUGAGACCAUUCGUGAUUUUGGACCCGUAAAUGGCUAUUGGCUCUUUGAGUUUGAGCAAUAUAAUGGUUUGUUAAAGAACGUAAGCACGAACAGAAAAAAUUCUUUUGAGGCUACGUAUAUGCAGAGUUUUGUCCAAGAUACUUUCAAGGGUGACUAUGUCAAUGCCAUUCUCCAAUGUCCGAGCCAAGUCCCCUUUCUUCCGCUUCUUGCCAAGCUUACUGCCACUGCUCAACCAUCCAGUUUAAAAAACAAGAUAACUUUCCCACAACGUCCGUUCAGAUUAGCAGCCUUCAUCCAAGCGUACUCAAACCUUUCUCUUCCAGUCCUGGGCAAUGAACCUCUUCCUCCCUCUACGUUUCCUCUUCACAUCAAGCCCUCAUCAGCAAUGAGUGAUGUCGACUAUUCUCAUUUGCUUGAUUAUUAUAAAGUUGCGUAUCACAUUCCUGGUCUUGAAAUUUACCAAUUUCCGUCCUCCUCCUUCUCCUUUGUUGACAAUCAGAUCACAAAGUUGAGAUCAAUCAAUUUGCUUGGCCAGGUAUACAAAGGCUGUAACAAUGCUUCUGGUCGCAGCUCAUUUGUGCAAUCUCUGUUCCUUGGAAGUCAAGGCAAUAAUCGAUUGGCAUACACUGGCCAAAUUCAGUACCUUUUCUUUCACUCUUUCACUCCACCAGUAGACAGCACAGAGCUCCAAACACGUAUCGUUUAUCAAGAUAAACACGUGUUUGCAUUUAUUAAGUAG